AGAGAGAGGGAUUGCGAUUUGGGAAGAAGAAGCGGAGAGAGAGAGGGAGAGAGAUGGAUAAAAAUAGAGAAGCUAGGAGAGUAUCAAUGGCGGCUGCCGGAAAUGGUUUGUCCCGACGGCGGCAUAGAGCCGGAAGUUUCAGGGAUUCUCUAGAGGAUGAUGGCCCGGUGGAGUUUCCGGAAGCAGCGAGGCUGAGAGAUCGGGGAGGGAGUGGGAAGGAGGAUCGAGAUCGAGACCGUGACAGAGAUAGGGAGAGGGAGAGGGAGAGACACAGAGAUCGGUUGAAUAGCGGGAGCAAGAGGAGAAGAGAACAUCGGUUGAUGAUGAUGCGCGGGAACAUGGUCGACGGCGAUGAGGACAGCUCCGAGGAGAGCGUCAACGAUGACGAGGAAUAUGACAACGGCGGCAGAGGUGGAGGACCACCGUCCUCGAUGAAGAUGCUUCCACCGGCGAAUCGUAUCAGUACGGCUUCGUUUUCGUCUUCGUUGUCGAAUCACCAUAGCAGUAGCGGUAAUCUCUACAACAGCAAAAGUUUUCCUCCGGCAAAAGUUUUCAGAUCGUCUCCUUUUCCGGCGGCUGCGACAGCAUCUCCUCUCGUAUCAUUCUGGAAGGCCGCCGACGAGAUGAUCGGUGUAUCGGUCCCGAGAAAAGCCCGGUCAGCAUCUACAAAGAGAUCGCAUGAGUCGUGGGCAUUGAGUGCCACUGCCGGUGGCAUUUUCUCAGCUGGUGAGCAUAUCCACCGCCACGUCUCGACGUCUCCGGCAAGGGUCAGUCCGGCUCCGAUGCUAGCUUCGCCUUCUCCACCUGCUCCUCCGUCGCCAUCUUCCUCCAGCGUUUCGGUGCGGAAGAAGAUGCCUUCGGCGCCGAAACAGAAAUCACUGCCUCCCAAGUCGUCGUCGUGCAAGUCAUCUUCUCCGGUGGCAGCGCAGGAUGAGAUCGAGAUCGAGAUCGCGGAGGUGUUGUACGGUAUGAUGAGGCAACCAUUGGGACCGUCGAAGCAGGAAGCCGCAGUGAAUGAUUCCGUUGAGGCAAAUCUCGGUGCCAAAUCAACGGGAGAAGUCAAACCCAGAGUAUCUUCCCUGGUCUCCAACUCAAAUACCACUAUCCCUCUGUCCUCUGUCACCAUCGCCACGAAUUCUAGCUUGUCUAAUGUGUCGGCCAUCGCCCCUAAGAGGAAGAGGCCGAGACCCGUGAAAUACGAAGACGAGAGCAAUUCUGCUUUACCAUCUCGUAUGUGUUCCAUUUCCUCUACCAUAAAGGCAGAAGCCGAAGCUCCUUCGAAAGCAGAAGCUCAGCCAAUCAAUCCAGAGAAAGUUUCAGGUUCCACCGGAGAAAACAUUUCCGAUUCGACGAAUCCGCCAGACAUGCCGACUCCUCCAUUGAAGGCUGAGCGAGAAAGCAAGCCGUCUCUGGAUUCAUCGGAGAAAAAAGAAAGCAAUUUGUCCAAAGAGGAACCUACAUCAACGACGAUAGAAGAUUCUUCUGCGGUUAGAUCCGACGGCGACGGCCUUGUCUCCACAGCCUCUAAAACUAAUGCGAGUUUUCCACCGGAAAAGGAGAAGUUCGAGAUAGAUCUAAUGGCGCGUCCGCCGGCGAGAUCGUCACCGGAGACAGAUGGAGAGAUGGAUCUUGUGGCAGCAGAGGCUAAACCUAAAGCCGCGGAUGUGGAAACGCAGGAUGCAAAGCCUCGACAGAUUGAAAAUGACUGCAAGGCUGAGAAAUUGGGAUGCGAGGAAGGUUCGAUCCAGGAGCCGGAGGAGAAGAAACCCAGAACUGCCAUGGAAUCUGAAUCCGACAAGACAGAGAGGAACAUCACAGAACUCAAGCUUGAUCUUGAGAAAUCGGACCAGAACAAGCUAAACCACUAUACCCAGAAGCAGACUCAGCAACAGACACUGGAAAAAUCUGCUCAAACGAGCCAUUUGGCUCUGCAUACGCCAAUGCCUGGCUGGCCUGGUGGUCUUCCUACAAUGGGAUACAUGGCACCUACACAGGGAGUUGUACCCGUGGAUACCAGCGCUUUACCAUCUUCAACCAUGCAGCCUCCACAAUUGGUUUUUAAUCAACCAAGACCAAAGAGAUGUGCAACUCAUUGUUAUAUAGCUCGGAACAUUCAUUAUCAUCAUCAGUUCACGAAAAUGAAUCCUUUUUGGCCAGCAGCAGCAGCGGCGGCGGCAGGCUCGGCCCCUAUGUACAGUGCUAAGGCAUGCAAUCUCAGUCUCAUGCCUUCCAACUCGGUACCCGAUAAGAGUUCUCAAUCUACUACUUCUAAUAGCUCGGACACAAACCAAAGGAAGCCAUUAUUGCUGCAGCAACCUUUACCUCCUGGAGCUCCUAAUAACAUCUUGCAUGGUCCGGGAUUUAUCUUGCCAUUAGGCCAGCAACCAUAUGCAGCUGCUGCAAUGGCCUCUGUGUCGGUUAGACCGCCUAUGAGUGGCAAUACAGCUUCUGGCGCUGCUGCUUCUUCUGCCUCCAUGAAUGGUUCUGCAUCAGCUUCUCCAGCCGGCACCACAACUAUGAGCUUCAGCUACCCGAACAUGGCGAGCAAUGAAACUCAGUACCUGGCUAUCUUGCAGAACAAUGGUUACCCGUUUCCAGUACCGGCCCACGUUGGUGCACCGCCUGCUUACAGAGGAAGCCAUGGGCAGCCGAUACCAUUCUUUAACGGUUCAUUCUAUUCCUCUCAAAUGAUCCACCCUCCGCAUCUUCAACCACAGCAACAAUCUGGGCAGGGACAUCAAGGCCAAGCUCCAAGCAAUCAGAAUACAAGUGUUUCCACUGGGUCCUCUGCUGCACAAAAACAUGUGCAGAAUCCCCAAGGGUUUCCAAUGCCAAAGGUUCAGUGUCAGCCUUUGAGCUUUCAGCCAAGGCAGCAGCCAAGAGAAAACACACCUCAGCAGAGUGAAACUGUUGGAGAAGAAAGCCCGUCAACUGCUGAUAGCCGGGCAUCUCGUUCCAAUGUUGCAUAUGGCCAGAACUUUGCUAUGCCUAUGCAACCAACGAACUUGGGUUCGAUGAAUUCAGCAGCCUCGGAUGGUGCAAUGGCUGGUUCUUGUGGCAAUCACGGUGAAAAGAAACCGAAACAGCAGGGAUCAAAGGCUGGUGUGGAAUCCCUCCAGUCUCAGGCUUAUGCGAUGACGUUCGCAACAUUUAAUGGGACUAGUGCUCCCAGCUUUAACAUGCCCUUUAUUCCUCAGAAUCAUGCUAUAUUCCAUAGCAUUCCAGAGGCUGCAAGGCAAGGUUAUCACCAGAUGAUGGCAGCAGCAGCAGCAGCUGCUGCUGCUAAACAGAAGAUGAACUACAAUGCUCCGGAGGAUGGAAAAUCUGGCCCUAAUGCCGCUGCUAAGGCCUUGGAGGAACGAAAGACAGGAACAGCAGGAGAAGCACCGACUAAUUUGACCGACACAUCUGUUCCUGGAGCAACGGGCAAUGGAUUCACUGAUAGCUCUGCACGGUUACUCAACCUUAGCUCUGCUCCCCAACCUCGGACUUCAAGUUCUGCUCAAGCCUCUCACCAGCAGCUCGCCAUUCAUCUCCAGAAGCAGCAACAGAAUGCAGAUGCUGCUGCAGCAGCAGUUACUGCAGCUAGAAGUAAAGGUCCGGUAACAAGUAAUGGUAGUGUUUACCCAGAUCACAGUAUCAGCGGAGGUAAAUUUCCUAAUGCUAAUUCCGGGUUUCCUCAAAAUAUUGUCCAGUCUAAUGGUAGCCCAGUUCAGUCUCCUCAGUGGAAAAGCAAUUCCUGCAGAACGACAACAGCUCAGGUUCAGUCUCCUUCCAUACUAUCAUCAUCUACUGCAUCAUCCCAUAAAAAUGUCCAGCCGAAACAGCAGGGUCGGCCACAGCAAGUGCAGAUUUCAUUUGCAGCAAACACUAAAUCUAUGCCCUUUGGUCCACCCUCUACUUCUUCCGUGUCCAAAAAUGCUGGUGGAAGUGGAAGCCUGAGGACUGCUACCUCGGCCUCGACAGCUAACAAAUCUGGACAAGUAUCCUCCAUGCUGACAUCAUCUCAGCCAUCUAAGAACAUCUCCCCAACAGCAUCAGUUCCAAUUCUCGGUAACCCUCAUGUUACUCAUACCUCGGAUGCCAUGUCCAAGUCCCAACAGCCACCCAAGCAAGCCCAGCUUUUCUUCUCCAGCCCUUAUAUGCCACAGCAGAACGGAUAUUACCUCCAGAGACAUCAGCAACCACAAGGCUCAUCUCCUGCUGCGACAUCUCAUUCGCCGUGCCCUCCGGUCAACCUUUCAAGCAGCACAACCACUGCCCCUCCCGACCCAGGGAAAGCCGUUAAAGGCGGAAACUUGAAGCAAAUUCAGGGAGUUUCCAACGCUUCUGGGCCACCCGGUAAGACGCAGAAUCAGGUUGUUCCUCCAGGGUUCCCUUAUGUUCCCGCUGCAGAUCAGAAGCAACCAGCAGGUGAGUGAAAGUGAAGACCAAAACCCUAAAGUAAAAAACCCGUUUGUUGGGAAGUUAGUUCAGAGACUUCCAAAGCCUGAGGAACAGGCUGAAGAGGAGACGAGACAAAAGACGUGGAAACUCACACAAAGUCUUUGGAUGAUUCCUUGGACACAACACAGAAGAGUUGGUCGGAAGAAAGCUGAGAACAGGAAAAACAGGCGUCAUCUUCCCCUAGAGAUGCGGAGAAGAACACCCACAGGAAAAAGACAUUUGCGGUCUCGGUGUACAAUUAGUGUUUAUAUUUCUGACAGGACCAAGUGUAGAAAGAGUACCAUGAUUAUGACCUAAUUAAAAUUUCAUUCAUUUUUUUUUUUAAGGUUUUGAAUUUAUAAGGAAUAGCCAAUUCUCAGC